AUGGCGAGUGACGGAUGGGUACCAGAGAUUGUGGUCGGAGUCGAUUUCGGUAUGACAUGCACAGGCGUCGCGUAUUCCAUGGGCCCAGAUUGGGCAGAACCAAAGACUCUCCAGCAUUGGCCUGGCAAGAUGAUUAACGAACUCGCAAACAAAGUACCAACACUGCUGCAGUACAAAGAGAAUUCUCGAGAAGUCAAGGCUUGGGGCUUCCUCUGCGAUCAAGAAAGCGAAGACACGGACAUACUUGCCUGCUUCAAGCUUCACCUAGAUCCUGCAUAUGUGGACCCAAGGACGGACGCUCCCGUUCCCACACUCGAAGAGGCGAGGGAAUGGUUCCAAGAUUAUCUUCGCUGUUUGCACGAUCACAUUGAAGAAUACUUCUCCAACGCUUUCCCGCGCUGGAAGACUCAGCGAACUGAGUUUGUAUUCAGUGUGCCGACAACUUGGAAAAGCGCGAGUAUGAUUGCCGAGACGGAGAGGCUCAUCAAGGGGGCGGGGUAUGGAGGGGAUGGAGCCAACCAUCGAGUCGGGAUUGGACUCACCGAGGCUGAAGCUGCCGCUGUCUAUGCUUCGAAGCAGCAAUUUGAAAAAGACGAUGUGAUACUGGUCUGCGACGCUGGUGGAGGGACCACGGAUGUGAACGUACUACAGUUGAAGUCUUCUAGGGGGGAACCGACUCAGCUUCAGCAGCUAAGCUGGGUAGAAGGACGCUCGAUAGGGUCUGCCUUGAUCGACAUCAACUUCCACCACAUCGUCACGGAUCGACUGAACAAGAUCCGAGACUAUCUAGAGGGCGAACCGGACGACAUCGCUGAUAAGAUGAUGCAAGGCAGGUUUGAAAGGUUUAAAUGUUCCUAUGGUACUGCGGGAUCUUCUGCGAUACCCACAAUACCACUCGAAGUGCCUGGCCUACGGCCUGGAAAACAUUUCCUCAAUGUAAACAUCGAGGAUUCAACUAUGAGAAUUACCAGGGAAGAGUUGAAGAAGUUAUUCGACUUCCAAAUUGAUCGCAUGCUUAGUCUCAUUAAUGAGCAAUUUGACAGGAUGCAGAAGAAGCUUCCGCGAACGCAAAUCUCUUACCUGGUCUUGUCGGGUGGUCUGGGGAGCUCACCGUAUGUCAGACAGCGUUUCAAAUCCUACUACGAGACGGGUGAGGGAUCAGAAAGACCCAAUGCCCAGGAAACGAAGAUCGUGGUUGUUGCCGAACCCCAACUUGCUGUUGUCCAAGGACUAGUAAUGGACCGAAUUCAAACCAUCGGCCGCGGAAACAUGAUCUUCAAAGAAAGGUGCUGCCGGGUCAGCUACGGUGUGCGAUGCCGCGAGGAAUACCAACCCGAUAAGAACAAAGCGCACGUAGGUCAAACGGUAGUCUUGGAUCCGCGAGAUGGAAAGAAAUAUGUGGAAAACCAGAUCGACUGGUUCGUGAAACAAGGAGAGAAUGUUCCCAGCGAUGGUUUCUCGAAGCCAUACUGGUUGAAAGUCAAACCCGGCCAGGAAGGUCAUCCGUGGAAAACGAACAUCAUCAUGUCGACUGAACCUCACGGUCAACUUCCUACGAGCAUGAAUCAAGAUGGUGCCAAGGUCCUAUGCGGUGUUGAGUCUGUGCUCAGGGACAAAGGGGUGGACAUGAAACUGAAGAAUCGGCAUUGGUACAGUAAGGGCGAGAGAUACCUGCGCGUCAGAUUCGAUAUUAAGGUCAUUCUUGGCGCAGCCGACCUCAAAUUCCAGCUACGGUCCAAGAAUAAUGUUGUACUCAAUAACGACCAUGACGCGAUCCAGGUCAAGUGGGACCCUCCCCAGCGAAGUCCGAAAGAGGAUGGGGAUGACAUGGCCAUGUACAGAGAGAUAUAG